AUGCCGCCGAGGCGGGGUUCCGGGCGCAGACGACCCCUCCGCCGCCGCCGCUCCUCCUCGGCUCCUCAGCGGCGCCGACCCCCGUCCGGCUGUCCGGUCCCGGGCGACGGAUCCCAGCCGCGGCGGCCCCCGAUCGGCUGCCUCCGGCCACGCUGGGGCAUCGCCGCCCGCGCUCCUGACCUUGUCCUCGGCGAGCCGAACCCCGCAGCCGCGGCAGCUCCGGGGAGAGGAGCCGAGAGCCGGCGGCGCCCCGCGCUCCGGAGGGGACCCGAGGGGGAGGGGACCGGGCGGGGAGGGGGAGGGGACCCGCGCGGCCCCGCCUCGCCCGCGGCCCGCGCCAAAUGCCUGGGCUCCGAGCGCCGCUCGCCCCGGAGGGCGGGGCCAAGCGGGAGCCCCGAGCUGGGCGCGUCCAACGCGAGGAGGGGGGACGGGAGCGAGGACGUCCGCCUCCCUCCGCUGCCCAGCUAUCCCGAGGCCCCGCAGCAGCCGGCUUCCCUGCGCCCGCCAAGCACGGUCGCCUUGGCCGCGGCCGCAGCCCACGCCGGGCAGGGACGUCCCCGCAGCCUGGCGCGCUCGUGGUCGUCGUCCCCCCCCCCGAUCCCGGCGCUGUGGUCUCGCCCGGCCCCUGACGGGGACCCGGGACUCCCCCGCGCGCGCCCACCCGGUCGGCGUGGAUGGGAGCGCGUCCCCCAGGUGUGGCCCGCGCCGCGGAGCCCCACGGAGGAGGCAUCCGCUCCGGCUCCGUCGCUGCGGCGGGAAAGCAGCGCUGGCACCCCCCGGGCCGCAGCAGCGCAAGUGCGGCGCUUGCCCUCCGCGCUUCCCCAGCCCCCUGUGUGUUUCUUCUUUUUUUCUUAA